AUCCAAUUCAAAAGAAAAUUGAUAGCAGUUUUCUCUAAUGGCGAAACACAUCUCAAACUAUGUUCAUUUCCUUGUCUUCUUAAUUCUGGUUACCACAGUGGAAUUAACAAUGGGAGGAGGUAGAUGCUCAGAACUUGUGAGUAGAUGUGGUGGUUCACAUCCAGAUUGUGACCAAACCUGUAAAUCCCAACAUAACAACAGCAAUGGAAAAGGGAUUUGUCAUGACAACAUAUGCACAUGUUAUUAUGAUUGUGGGUCUCCCUUACCCCCAGGCCCAGUUGUAAGGAAAUGCCUUGCUGAGACUGGACCCUGCACUGAUAAUUGUGGUUCUUCCUGCUGCAGUUUUUGGUGUUCUGGGAGAUUCAAUCUUGCUACAGGGAGUUGUAAUGCUGCACUUGGUAACUUGUGCAUUUGUGAAUAUACCUGCUGAUGAGUUAUUGUUUAGCAUAUUGUAACUCACAGGUUGUGAUAAAUAAGUUGUAAAUUGAAAUCAACAUAUAAAGAUAUUAUUAAUAAUAUUUCAAACUUGCU